AUGGGCGUAGGCUAUCAUCCAGGAAACUAUUAUUUCCUGAUUCCCUGGGUUCUUCUAAUCCCGUGGUAUGGGAUGCUGAUAACAAUGUUAUCUUGUUGGUCUAUACAAGGCCAUCCCAUUUAUUGGUUUAUGCAUGAUGAUCAAUUCCCUGUAUAUAUAAGUGAUAUUGGUGCAACGAACCUACAGCCGUUGUUUAUAGCGUGUGUGGCAUGGCAGGGCCUAUGGUAUUGCAUAAUGGUUGCUGCUGAAUUUUUUCAGAGGUCGGGGCAUUGGCCCUUCCAGUGGCUCGCGUAUACUAGAAGAGAGCAGACGAGCUAUUCUGGUAGUACAACACCGGUUGAUGACAUGGAGUCCCAGCGAGUGGGUUAUGCAGAACUUUUAAGUAGCCGCCGGUUUUUAAUGCCUCCUUACUUUACAAAACAUGAGCGAAACCUGAUAGGAGCAGCCUUUGGCCUGGGGUUUCUGGGGGAAGUAGCGUUGUUAAUGUGUUCCAUCUUUUCUACUGCCAGUUACCAUGUACUGCAUGUUACAAUGGUUGGUUGCUUUGUGGUUUUUAUGUUCUUUUCGAUAAACUGCAGCGCAGUGCAGUAUUUCAUAAUGGGACGUCAUUAUGCUCAGUUGCAUCCGCUUGCUCCUCCGGAGGCUCUAAAUGUAAAAACAUCUUGGAGACGGUGGGUAGGAUAUUAUUGGAACAAAUAUACCAUAAGUGCAAUUGCCAAGACAAUUUGGCUGGUUUUUGCAGCGGUUUGGGCCCUGUGUUUUGGAUUUGUUCAAAAUAAGUCGGUAAGCGCGAGUUUUGAAUGGAUACUAGCAUUUUGGAUUGGAGCAUAUUACAUCAUUGUCUCCGUAGACUUUUACCUGGGUAGUAGGUAUAUGCAUUCGAAGUACUUCCACCAGAUUCAGUCAUUUACUGGUUAUUACAAAUAUGACCAGCUGGUAUUGUCAGAGGCUAAGGUUCGUGUUGAGAAACAUGCAUGGCAAGAAGAUAGAAUUCCAAACCUACCUGAAGAUGAUGAAACUGAAUAUGUUGUCUGA